UGAAGGAGGAAGUCACCCUCCCGAGGAAGUAUGGGCUUCCCCCUCUCUGUCCUCUAGAACAGCUUCCCUUUCGAAGAGCCCCACUUCCUCCCACAAACUGAGACCCCUGCAGGGUAGAUUCAGAGAAUUCCUCUGGGUUCCCCUUCUUCCUUUAGCUCUAGGCUUAGCAUUUUAUGGGUUCAGACAAGGCAGGAGAGGUGAAAAUUUACUGAGCGCCCACCAUGUGCCAGACACUGAGUUAGAUAUUUCUACAGGCGUCGUCUCAUUUAGUGAACACAGCACCACAGUUUUGUGAAAUAGCUUCUAUUAUCCCAAUUUUACAGCUCAGAAAACAGGUUCAGGAAGCUGAAUGAAUUGCCCAAGGUCACAUAGCUUAUGCCUAGCAAGGAUGGAACUUGAAUUCAAAACCUGCUCCUGCAGCCACGGAGGGAUGUGCUGGAGAUCAAAUGACACGGAGGACACAGAGGCAGUGCUGGCUCUGAGUUCCAGUCCCGGCUUGGUCUCUGUUUUACUGGGAGACUCUGGAUGAGACCUUGUCCCUCUCUGGGCCUCCAUGUCCCUGUGGGGACUUGAUGCCCCUGGAGGUCCCUUCCAGGGGCCGACUCACCAGCCCCCAGCAUCUCAGCCUCCCAGGACCUGGACCUGGGGAUCCUUGAGACCGUCAUGGGACAGCUGGAUGCCAGCAGGAUCCGGGAGAAUCUUCGAGAACUCUCCAGGGAGCCGCACCUGUCCUCCACCCCCCGCGAUGAGGAGCUGGUGCAGCUGUUGCUGCAGCGCUGGCGGGACGCAGAGUCAGGCCUGGAUUCGGCCGAGACCUUCGAGUAUGAAGUGCUGCUGUCCCUCCCCAGCCAGGAGCAGCCCAAUAGCGUGACCAUCGUGGAUCCCACUGGGAACAUCCUCUUCUCCUGCCGCCGGAGCGAGGAGAACGUGACUGGGGAGCAGGAGGGUCCCGAUGUGGUGCCACCUUAUGCUGCCUACGCUCCCCCCGGAACCCCACAGGGCCUCCUUGUCUAUGCCAACCAGGGCUCGGAAGAAGACUUUGAGGAGCUACAGAAUCGGGGCAUCAGACUCGAAGGCACCAUUGCCCUGACCCGCUACGGGGGUGUAGGGCGUGGGGCCAAGGCUGUGAAUGCCGCCAAGCACGGGGUGGCUGGGGUGCUGGUGUACACGGACCCCAGUGACAUCAACGACGGGCAGAGCUCGCCCAGCCAGACCUUCCCGUACUCCUGGGGCCUGCCUCCCUCGGGGGUGGAGCGAGGCUCCUACUUGGAGUAUUUUGGGGACCCCCUGACUCCCUACCUUCCAGCCAACCCCUCCUCCUUCCGCCUGGACCCUGCCAAUGCCUCCGGAUUUCCCCCAAUUCCCGCUCAGCCCAUUGGCUUCGAGGAUGCAAAAGUCCUUCUCUGUAACCUCCAGGGAGCCUCGGCCCCAGAGACCUGGCAGGGAGCACUGGGCUGUGAGUACAGGUUGGGGCCCGGCUUCCGGUCUGAUGGCAACUUCUCAGCAGACAGCCAGGUGAACGUGAGUGUCCACAACCGCCUGGAGCUGCGGAACUCCUCCAACGUCCUGGGGAUCAUCCGCGGGGCUGUGGAGCCUGACCGCUAUGUGCUCUAUGGAAACCACCGGGACAGCUGGGUACACGGAGCCGUGGACCCCAGCAGCGGCACUGCUGUCCUCCUGGAGGUCACUCGCGCCCUGGGGACCCUGCUGAAGAAGGGCACCUGGCGUCCCCGUAGAUCAGUCAUCUUCGGAAGCUGGGGGGCAGAGGAGUUUGGGCUCAUCGGCUCCACAGAAUUCACGGAGGAGUUCUUCAGCAAGUUGCAGGAGCGCACGGUGGCCUACAUCAACGUGGACAUCUCGGUGUUUGCCAAUGUCUCCCUGAGGGCGCAGGGCACGCCUCCGAUCCAGAGCGUCGUCUUCACUGCAGCCAAACAGAUCCCGGCACCAGGCCGCAGCAGCCUCAGCAUCUACGACAACUGGAUCCAGUAUUCCAACCGUAGCAGCCCGGUGUACGGCCUGGUCCCCAGCCUGGGCACGCUGGGUGCUGGCAGCGACUACGCACCCUUCAUUCACUUCCUGGGCAUCUCCUCCAUGGACCUCGCCUACACCUAUGACCGGAGCAAGACCUCAGCCCGGAUCUAUCCCACCUACCACACAGCCUUCGACACCUUUGGCUAUGUGGACAACUUUGUGGACCCUGGCUUCAGCAGCCACCAGGCCGUGUCCCGGGUGGUGGGGAAUGUGCUUCUUCGGCUCAGUGACAGCCUCUUCCUGCCUCUCAAUGUCAGUGACUACAGCGAGACCCUCCGCAGCUUCCUGCAGGCCGCCCAGCAAGACCUCGGGGCCCUGUUGGAGCAGCACAGCAUCAGCCUGGGGCCUCUGGUAGCCGCAGUGGACAAGUUCGAGGGGGCAGCCGCGGCCUUGGACGAACGGAUAUCAGAGCUGCAGAAGGGCACCCCCGACCCCCUGCAGGUCCGCAUGCUCAACGACCAGCUCAUGCUCUUGGAACGGUCCUUCCUGAACUCGCGAGCCUUCCCAGAGGAACGCUACUACAGCCACGUGCUCUGGGCACCCCGCACGGGCUCCGUAGCCACAUUCCCGGGCCUGGCCAAUGCCUGCUCUGCAGCCAUGAACACAGCCCCCGGAUCUGCAGCCUGGGCUGAGGUGCAGAGGCAGCUCAGCAUUGUGGUGGCGGCCGUGGAGGCUGCAGCAGCCACCCUGAGGCCUGUGGCUGACCUCUGACCCCAGCCCUCAUUCUUCAGCUGCCCCACUACCCUUAUCCUACCCACCUCCAACUCCGGGACUCCAGUCUUCCUGAUGCCCAGAGAGGGCAUGACCACGGGACCCUCUCAAGCUUCUGAAGCAGCAGCUAGGGGUCCCACCAGUUGUGGAGACACGAGGGAGUGACAAGCCCCAGAUGAAAAUCUCCCUCAUCCUGGCUCUUGGUUGGCAGAAGGGGACAGUGGGAAAUGGCAAAACCACCAACUGCUCUUGCUGGUGAUUGAGCGAGGAUGGGAUGCAUAAUGCCAACCUUAGAUGCCAACUCAGACCACCAGGGCCACCCCUCAGGGACCAGCAGGGAAAGUGAGGCCCAGGGUGGACAGGGCCUUGCCCAGUCUGGGUUCCUCUCCCCAUGCCCCUGGCAUGUCUUAACUCCUCCCUCCCCUCCCCCAAAUAAAUCAAGCCUAGCUGUUGUCCCUACAAAA